GAGAUGAUCGGCCACUACUUGGGUGAGUUCUCCAUCACCUACAAGCCCAUCAAGCACGGUCGUGCGGGUAUGAUGAGCAAGAACUCGCAGUUUGUGCCACUGAAGUGAGCAGAGUUCUGACCGGUGUACAGGGAGAGGAUGAGGCAAAAAAGCGAGUGACGCCAACAUGAUAUCAACAUGAUGGGGGAGAGGGCAGGUGGAUUAUCCAAGCAGGCAGCUACUGGUGUUCUUAUCAGCUCUGCAAAUAUCAGCUCAACAUAAGGACUUUUACUCUUCCAAGUGGUGCUUCAACGACAGUUCUUGUCCGUUUUGUUCUCAGACGAUCGUUUUCGUUGCCAGCGAGACUUCAGCCAAGCAGUGAAUGUGGCAACACAAGGAUCAAGUCAGCGUAGGUUCCUGCAGACACUGGCACCAUGGCGGAGGGAGAGGCACCCAAGAAGCGUACUUUCAAGAAGUACUCCUAUCGCGGAAUUGAUCUUGACAAGCUGCUGGACAUGAGCAACCAGGACCUCAUGGAGCUCUUCUGCGCGCGCCAGCGCCGGAAGUUCAGCCGCGGCAUCAAGCGUGCGCCUAUCACAGUCCUGAAGAAGCUUCGGAAGGCAAAGAGGGAUACGGCCUACGGUGAGAAGCCAGAGGCGGUGAAGACCCACUUGAGGAACAUGGUCAUUGUGCCAGAGAUGAUUGGCCACUGGGCAUUCAGAGUUAUCAAACUUUAAGCUUUACGGAUCCACGCAGGAGUGUGAAAUCGCUUUCUAAUCGCUUUCUAAUUGCUUUCCUUUUCAGGCAGCGUGGUGGGUGUGUACAA